AUGUUCCCUGUCGUUGACCAUAUUGCAGGCACGAACAUCAUUAUACCCCUCGAGCUACUCCACGGGCUAGGAAGCCACAAGUCCCUGAGUUUCGCUGCAUUCCUCGAGGAAGAGUUUAGCAUGAAGAAGUACACUAAAGUUGGCAACCUCGACGAGAAACAAAUCGCCGUCGUAAACAAGAAGCUGAACCCGAGUCUUCCGCAAUAUGUUCCAGUACUUAUUGACUUAAUACGUACCCACUGGUCACUCGAAACCUAUGGAGCAGUCCCCACAGUCGUCAAACCGUGGCCACACGUUAUGCGUCAAGUUUCUCGUGUCUCCGCAAGACUAUUCCACAGCGCUGAAUCGGCGGACAAUGAUCAAUGGCUGGACAUUGCUAGCGAGCAUGUCCACUCUGCUGUCGUAUGGACGGAAAAUCUGAAGAAGUGGCCAGCAGCGCUGCGACCUUUUGUCUAUCGAUUUGUCAAGGGACGCGGAAUCAUGAUGCAGCGCUUUGGCGAAGGCAAAGCUUUGGUAGCCAAGACUUUGCAAAGAAGAAGGUUGCUUGGAGGGAAGCCCCUGAGCAGUCCUCCCGCACUGUUGGACUAUCUCGCCGACACGGUUCUUGGGCCAGACGACGUGGAGGCGCACACAGUCGCUCAAAUCAACUUGUGCGUAGCCGCCAUUCAAUCUAUGGCUGCAACAGUCACCCAGUGUCUCAUGGAUCUUGCGACUUACCCAGAGUACAUUUCUGAACUUCGUGAUGAGAUUGAAAUGGUUCUGGCUCGAGGGAACGGGGUACUCAGCAAGCAAUCGUUGACGGAUAUGAUGAAGCUGGAUAGUGUCAUCAAAGAAACUCAGCGAUUGAACCCGCCGGAUCUGGCAAGCUUCCAGCGGAAGGUUAUGUCGGACUUCACAUUAUCAAACGGCCUUCGCAUCCCGAAAGGCGCACGCAUCGCAUUGCCGACUGGAGCCAUCAACAUGGACCAAGAUCUGUUCCAGAAUCCUGAGGUGUUUGAUGGUCUCCGAUUCUAUCGAAUGCGCGUCGCUACAGAAGAGGCCCGAAGCAGCAAUCAAAUGGUGACGGUAGGUAAAAAGGACCUAACAUGGGGUUAUGGCAGGCACGCUUGUCCAGGUCGAUACGUUGCCGAGGUCGCCAUGAAGCUGCUUCUGAUCGAGUAUAUCACGCGCUAUGAUAUCCGGCUAUCUGGGGAUUUGAAGACUCGGCCGAAAAAUAUUGAGUUCGAGGGAUUGGUUAUUCCCGACCCCGACUGGGAGUUGCUGUUGACGAGUCGACUUACGAACAAGAUUGCUUCAGAUCGAGAGAGCUGA